AUGAGCACCGAAUGCAGGCCCGAAGGGUCACCAGGUCCACCACCGGAACCGCCAGUGUUGCACCCAGCAGUGGAACCACUUUCCUACCUUCUGGGCUCAUGGAGAGGCCAGGGAGAAGGCGGCUUCCCUACCAUAAAUUCAUUCUCUUAUGGCGAAGAACUUCAGUUUUCCCAUUCUGGGAAUAAGCCCGUCAUUGGGUAUACCCAGAAGACUUGGAAACUCAACUCUGGCGAGCCAAUGCACGCCGAGAGUGGAUACUGGCGUCCAAAGCCUGAUGGUGCUAUUGAAGUUGUGAUUGCGCAAAGCACGGGCCUUGUUGAAGUUCAGAAAGGGACAUAUAAUGCAAAGGACAAGGUGAUAGAGCUUCAAAGUGAGACAGUGGGGAAUGCUUCUGAGGUUAUGGAGAUAAGACGACUGUUCCAGCUGGUUGAUGGCAAUCUUUGUUAUGAAGUUCAGAUGGCUACCAAUACAGUAGGUCUUCAACCACACUUAAAAGCAGCGUUGAAGAAGCUCUAG